AUGCUGAUGGCCAGCAAGCCUUGGCUUGACGCCCGCGAUCCCGCCGCCGACUUUCCUACCACCGUCAAAGAUCAAGCUUGUGUUGAAACGCGCUUCGACAAUGCUACCGGGCUAUGGGCCUAUGUUGCCCGCUAUCUCGAGUGUUCCCAGAUUCCGGACGCGGGGAUCCUGGGCUCAUAUACACGCUGGCUGAAUCUCCCCAAUACGGAUCCUGCUCUCGAAUAUUUUUGGCAAAAAAAAGGCAUUUUCCUGGCAGACUGUCCCAAUCAUGACCCGAAACUUGCGGCCCAGCUCUGA